UCAACCCACAGCGAUGAGGUUCUGGUUUUCACAAAAAGGAGAGGGUUGCUCAUCAUUCAAAAUAAGUCCUUCCCUACUGCCAGUUUUUUUUAAAAAAAAUUAAGAUCUGACUCCUGGUGCCUAUAAAACACAGUGCAGUUGACACUCAACUUGUCAAGGGUGUAGCAGUUGUGCAAAGAGAGGCACUCUGUAACAGUGUGAGGCCUCAGCACCUCCCUGGGCUCUGGGCAGCCCAGCUGUCACGGCCACAAACAGGUGGUGUAAAACAAUAGCUCUGCCGAGCCGACACACUGUCCAAACCCGCCAGCAGCCGAGUGUCCAGCCAGAGUGCCGGCCGGCAGCCCAGGCCACCAGUCCGCCGCCAGCCCCCAGCAGCGCCCUCCGCCCAUGGAGCCCCGGCCGCUCCUCCUGCUCCUGGGCCUCUGCUCAGCUGGCCUGGUCCUGGGCUCUGAACACGAGACCCGUCUGGUGGCAAAGCUAUUUGAACACUACAACAGCGUCGUGCGGCCAGUGGAAGACCACCGCCAGGCCGUGGAGGUCACCGUGGGCCUCCAGCUGAUACAGCUCAUCAACGUGGAUGAAGUGAAUCAGAUCGUAACAACCAACGUUCGACUAAAACAGCAAUGGGUAGAUUGCAACCUAAAAUGGAAUCCAGAUGACUAUGGCGGUGUGAAAAAAAUUCACAUUCCCUCCGAAAAGAUCUGGCGCCCAGACAUCGUGCUGUACAACAAUGCAGAUGGUGACUUUGCCAUCGUCAAGUUCACCAAAGUGCUGCUGGACUACACCGGCCACAUCACGUGGACGCCUCCGGCCAUCUUUAAAAGCUACUGUGAGAUCAUCGUCACCCACUUUCCCUUUGAUGAACAGAACUGCAGCAUGAAGCUGGGUACUUGGACCUAUGACGGCUCUGUGGUGGCCAUCUAUCCGGAAAGCGACCAGCCAGACCUGAGCAACUUCAUGGAGAGUGGGGAAUGGGUGAUCAAGGAGGCCCGUGGCUGGAAGCACUGGGUGUUCUACGCCUGCUGCACCUCCACCCCCUAUCUGGACAUCACCUACCACUUCGUCAUGCAGCGCCUGCCCCUCUACUUCAUCGUCAACGUCAUCGUUCCUUGCCUGCUCUUCUCCUUCCUGACCGGCCUGGUGUUCUACCUGCCCACGGACUCAGGAGAGAAGAUGACUCUGAGCAUCUCCGUCCUGCUGUCUUUAACUGUGUUCCUUCUGGUCAUCGUGGAGCUGAUCCCCUCCACCUCCAGCGCUGUGCCCUUGAUUGGGAAAUACAUGCUCUUCACCAUGGUCUUUGUCAUUGCCUCCAUCAUCAUCACUGUCAUCGUCAUCAACACACACCACCGCUCCCCCAGCACCCACGUCAUGCCGGAGUGGGUGCGGAAGGUUUUUAUCGACACCAUCCCAAAUAUCAUGUUCUUCUCCACAAUGAAAAGACCAUCCAGAGAAAAACAAGACAAAAAGAUUUUUACAGAAGACAUUGAUAUUUCUGACAUUUCUGGAAAGCCGGGGCCUCCCCCCGUGGGCUUCCACUCUCCCCUGAUCAAACACCCCGAGGUGAAAAGUGCCAUCGAGGGCGUCAAAUACAUCGCAGAGACCAUGAAGUCGGACCAGGAGUCCAACAAUGCGGCUGAGGAAUGGAAGUAUGUUGCAAUGGUGAUGGACCACAUUCUCCUUGGAGUCUUCAUGCUCGUCUGCAUCAUCGGAACCCUGGCUGUGUUUGCAGGUCGGCUCAUUGAAUUAAAUCAGCAAGGAUGAGCAGGGAGCUCCGCUGAGCCUGGCCCCGCCCUACCCCGGGCAGAGAGAGAAAGGCGGGGAAACAGAAGACUCGUCCACUUGGGUAUCAGCUCACUUCCCAAACAGUUUCUGUAUUUACGAUCAACGAUAAUAAUUUACACUUACAUGAGGCUGUGGCCUCAGAGUGUUUUCACAUUGCUUCUCCCUUCAAUCGGGGUCAGCCUGGAGAGUGAACCCUGUUCAAUAAAGGAAACAGGGUCACUACAAGAAUAUUCACUGCCAAUGGCAUCUUGAAGUGUUUUGUUCAGAAUAGCUGAGUUUUCUGUUGGUUUGUUUUUCUACUAUUU